GGUGGUAAACUACAGGAAGCGCUGAAAAGCGCGUGCGCAGGCCGCGCUCAGAGGCGGCGGCUGUGGUGUGCACUCCGUUGUUGGGGAGCUCAAGCUAAAGGGUGAUCUGCUAGAGAGAGUUCUCUAAGCAAAAAUCAGAAAGAGGAAAUUUACUUGAAUCAAGCAUGAUGGAUCCAUGUUCAGUUGGAGUCCAGCUCCGUACCACAAAUGAGUGCCAUAAAACCUAUUAUACUCGUCAUACAGGUUUCAAGACUUUGCAGGAAUUGUCAUCAAAUGACAUGCUUCUACUUCAACUGAGAACUGGAAUGACACUUUCUGGAAACAAUACAAUUUGCUUCCAUCAUGCAAAAAUUUACAUCGACAGAUUUGAGGAUUUGCAGAAGUCAUGUUGUGACCCAUUUAACAUACACAAAAAGUUAGCCAAAAAAAAUUUACAUGUAAUUGAUUUAGAUGAUGCCACUUUUCUGAGUGCAAAAUUUGGAAGACAGCUUGUACCUGGUUGGAAGCUUUGUCCAAAAUGUACACAGAUAAUCAAUGGAAGUGUGGAUGUUGAUUCUGAAGACCGGCAGAGAAGAAAACCUGACUCAGAUGGAAGAACUGCUAAAGCUUUGAGGUCAUUACAAUUUGCAAACCCAGGAAAACAAACUGAAUUUGCUCCAGAAACUGGUAAAAGAGAAAAAAGAAGGCCUGCCAAAAAUGCAACAGCUGGUUCAGACAGACAAGUGAUCCCGGCAAAGAGUAAGGUCUACGAUAGCCAGGGCCUCCUGAUUUUCAGCGGAAUGGACCUCUGUGACUGCCUCGAUGAAGACUGCCUAGGCUGCUUCUAUGCCUGUCCUUCCUGCGGGUCUACCAAAUGUGGUGCCGAAUGUCGCUGUGAUCGAAAGUGGCUGUAUGAGCAAAUUGAAAUCGAAGGAGGAGAAAUAAUUCAUAACAAACAUGCUGGAUAAUUUGUGGUGUCCGAUUGUGACCCUUUCUGUAUUUCUAAAGUUCUGUAAUUCUAAGAUAUAUGUUAAAGUUGGUUUUGCCAGUUGAUGCACAUAUACUCAGCGUGCACUAACACUGUCUUUUGGGUACCUUAAGAUAAGUUAUCUGAUGUAAAUUUAGAUGGACUGUUUAUUACUCAGCAGUCAGCUCUUCAAGCCUGUCUGGGUCAAUGUAAAAAAGUAAUGUAUAGGCAGUCCUCUGUUUGUAUAGUUUGCAUGUCCGUAAAUUUCCAUGGCACUGAUACAGUUAAUUAAACCAGUUCCUUCACAGCAACAGUUGGAAUUUCAGUUACUGUGGUAUGUUAACUGUGAGUAGUUCCAUGAAGUACAAACUUCUGCUAGCUGUUAAGCUCUCAAGUCAGUAUGGGACACAUGUACUGAUUCAAGAUCAGUGACUAGUCAAAUUACUUCUCAGAUCCUGCUAAUGAUUCGUCACUGCACAUCUGUUACUCAGUUUGUUCAGACAGCAAAGCACAUAGUUGUGUUGUCUCCUUGUCACCCAUGUGACCUUUUACAAAGCGGGUAAUCAGAAAUGGCCAACAAAGACAAAAUUGCAGUCAAGAAAUAAAAAUGAUAAAGCUAGAGGUGAGACAUGAA